AAAACACCGGAUAAGAAGAAAGUCUCUUGUCCCACUCGCCGGCGGACCCCUCCCGACCUGGUUGGACCCCCUCGGGAGGAACGAGUAACUCCACAACAGAGCCCCAAAGUCACAGUAUGGCGGCACAACACUCGCAGAGGCCCCCGGUCCUCCCUCGCGUCCCGACGCUCUGGCCAUCAUAGACCACUGAGCCAAGACAACACCGACAAAAAAAAAAAAAAAAAAAAAGAAGCUGUGACCUGCUUUUUCGGAAAAAGGAACUUUUCCUCACCUGGAACAUGAGCUCGUACACGGUAUCGCUGCCGGGGCCGGGACCUUGGGGCUUCCGGCUCCAGGGAGGGAAGGACUUCAACAUGCCGCUCACCAUCUCCAGGAUCACGCCGGGCAGCAAGGCGGCGCAGGCCAACCUGGUGCAGGGAGACGUCAUUAUGGCCAUCGACGGCGUGAGCACAGAGGGCAUGACCCACCUGGAUGCCCAGAACAAGAUCAAGAUGGCCAACUACAAUCUGGCACUCACCAUGACCAAGUCAAAGCGUCCCGUUGCCAUGCCGACGCCCAGAAUCGACACCGGCAUUUCCUUGAUCCCUCACCAGCAGGUUUUCAGCCCCCCUGCUCCCAACGCCGGCGUGCUUGUGAAGGAAAGCGCCGCGGCCAGCCACAAGGCCAUCGAGGUGACGGGCCCGGGGGGCAAGGCCACCAUCAUCCACGCCCAGUACAACACGCCCAUCAGCAUGUACUCGCAGGACUCCAUCAUGGACGCCAUCGCCGGGCAGACCAUGACCAAGGGACACGACGUCGGUCCGCAUCCAGAGCGUCUGGUGGACAGCGCCUCGCCAGUCUACCAGGCGGUCCAGAGCGCGGAGGAAAGGGAGGACGAGGACGAGGGAGGACACCGCCGCCGCCAAGCCAGCGCACAGUCCAAAACCUUCCAGACGCUCGCCAACAUGAUGGGAACGGAAACGCAAUGCGUCAUGGCGGAUGAGGAAGAGGAUGCUGAGGUGUUGAGGAAGAGCAGCCUGAAGCGUCAGUCGGCCGCCGGCGUCCAACACAAGGCGGCCGUGUCCAGUCAAUUUGGUCAGCCGGCCGCCGCCGCCCCAAAGCAAUACCAGCAGGCCCCGCCCAUGCAGCAAGCCCCGCCCCCGCAGCGCUACCAGCAGGCCCCGCCCACCCAGCAGAGUUCCAUUCAGAUACCCAUGGGCUCCGCCCCUCCCAAGGUGGUCAGCACGGCCUGCAUCUACCCGUCGCAGCCAGCCGCGCCACCCCACGCGCCCCAAGCUCACCCCCACCGCGCCGCCGCCGCUCCGCCGCAGGCGGCGGGCGGCGCAGGUGGCAACCGCCCCCCGUGGGUGACCGACAGCUCCUUCGCCAACAAGUUUGACCCGAGCAAGACCACCACCGCAGUCAUCAAGCCGCCUCCGUUGCCUCAGGCUGCGCCGCCGCCGCCCCAGUACAUCCCCAACCCCUCGGCCGCCGCCGCCUCCAGACCCGCCCAUGUCACUCCUAGCCCCGCCCCUUUCUCCCCCGUGGCCAGGGGUGUGGCGCAACGGGCCGAAAGGUUUGCCGCCGGCAGCCGCACGCCCUUGUGUGGAGCCUGCAACAGCAUCAUCAGGGGUCCCUUCCUGGUGGCGCUGGGCCGCUCGUGGCACCCCGAGGAGUUCAACUGCCACUACUGCAACAUGUCGCUGGCCGACGUCAGCUUUGUGGAGGAGCAGAACAGCGUUUACUGCGAGAACUGCUACGAGGAGUUCUUUGCCCCCACCUGCGCACGCUGCAGCACCAAGAUCAUGGGGGAAGUGAUGCACGCUCUGAGGCAGACGUGGCACACCACUUGCUUUGUGUGCGCCGCCUGCGGCCAACCCUUCGGCAACAGCCUCUUCCAUAUGGAGGACGGGGAGCCGUACUGCGAGAAAGAUUACGUGGCGCUGUUCAGCACCAAGUGUCACGGCUGUGACUUCCCCGUGGAAGCCGGAGAUAAAUUCAUCGAGGCUCUCGGUCAUACCUGGCACGACACCUGCUUCGUGUGCGCGGUGUGUCACGUGAACCUUGAGGGCCAGCCCUUCUACUCCAAGAAAGACAAACCUCUGUGCAAGAAGCACGCUCACGCCAUCAAUGUGUAACCGGGCAAUGACUUGCGCACACACACACACACACAUCAGAUGAUCAUCACUUAUUACACACGCGUGUGCAAAAACAACACCCCCCCCCCAAAAAAAUAAUCUCUGCAACACUUUGCUUUCAGGAGAUUUUGACAAGCUUUUAUGCGCCAGCUUCACUUUUCCAAGAGCAAUUUACAGACGCGCACACAAUGAGCCUUCAACAUUUGACAAGAUGGAAAAAAAAUUGAAAAUCAAACAUUACAUCUAAUUCUUUUUUUUUUUUUGUCCAUGACAUGUUUAAAUUCAGUUUGGAGGGUGGGGGAAAAAUUCUCAGCUUGGUAGUUGUUUUUUGUUUUCUGUCCAGACGAGCCACAUGACCCCUGACCUCAACACAGAUUGACCUCCACUCCGCCAAAAUCCCCAAAGCAAGCAACCUGAUGCGCGUCUGUAUUUUUACUGACACCUCAACUGCACUUCAUGAGUACUAAGCACACACCAGCACACACAGAUAGUGCCGCGAUGUAAGCCGCCCGCCGGUGUGUCUCCUUAAAUUUCAUUUCGGAAGUCGUGCUAUUUAUUUUUCUAGGGCCACUCUUUCAUUUGGUGCUUAAAAAAAAAGUGAUUUAUUUAAUCGGAGUUUUAUUUGAUGUAUUUUGUUUUCUAAAGCAAUGGCGUUUGUUUUCCUUUAUUUUUGAGUCGAUCCGUCGACGUUGGACAAAUAUUUUUUUGUGUGUUUUUCCCGCUGCAAGGACACCAACAGCUGAAUGUCCGGUUUGUCUGUUGCUCCAAAGCCUGAAUGAAGCUCCCAAUGAAAAGUGGACAACAUAGAGGAGGGGAGGGUAUGGGGUGUGGGGGGGGGGGGGGGGGUUAUCAAGUGUGCAAAUGUACCGUAGCAUAAUGUUGCCUUAAACACACCGUGCGAGUGGCGCUGUCGCAUGUCCACUUUUUCAAGCAUUUUCUACUCGCGUGAAUGCGUGUGCAUGCCCCGCGUUUGUUGCCACACUUUUUUUUUUUUUUUUUUUUGCGUUUGUGCCGCCGGAAAGGAAGGAAGCAAGAAAGGACAAGCUAGAGCCAAAUAAAGUUAAGAGUUCAUCUCACCUGGAAUGAUUUCUCACACGCCAAGAAUGAUUUCUGCUGCAAGUGGAAUAAAGUCAAACAUUUGCUGCAAGCA